UUCUCUCAGCUUUAGUGCUAGUUUUCGAGCUAUUUGCCGUCUACCGAAUCACGACGGUCAUUACCAUCAAUGUCGCAAACUAUGUCAACCACAGAAAGCAGCAAGGCUGGGCUGAAGCUACCUGGCUUGAAGGGAGGCAGGAGUGCUGAAGAGGAGGACUACCAUAGAGAGAGGAGCAGCUCGUACAUUGCAAGGGGAUAUGCUGCUUGUGAAUCUCCCAGCGACGGCCAUGCGUUUUCCCGGUGUCGGUGUGACAGUGACAUGGGAGAGCCUCAUUCCGAUAUCAUCGAGGCCACCUUCACAGACCUGUAUCAAAUCACUAUGGCCUAUGCUUACUGGAAGUCUGGUAAGGAGAAGGAUCAUGCAGUUUUCGACGUGUACUUUCGGAAGUGUCCUUUCGGUGGAGAGUUCACAGUCUGUGCGGGUAUCGACGAAGUUGUUCGGUACGUGAACACCUUCAGCUUCACACAGCUUCACAUAGACUACUUACAGAGUCAAAUGCCAGAAGCCGAUCCCGAAUUCUUCCAGUAUCUGCUUACACUUGAUGCGAGUAACCUCACUAUUUAUGCAGUGAGAGAAGGCGAUUUCGUCUUCCCUCGAGAACCAGUACUGAGAGUAGCGGGCCCACUCAUAGUGUGUCAGCUUAUGGAGACUGCUAUCCUCAACCUCGUCAACUUCCCUUGUUUAGUCGCCACUCAAGCGGCACGGUUACGAAUAGCCGCUGGGGACGAUGCGCAGUUGCUCGAAUUCGGCGCACGCCGAGCGCAGGGUCCGGACGGGGCACUGACCGCUAGUCGGUACACUUACGUUGGAGGCUUUGAUGGCACUUCCAACGUGAAGGCUGGGCAUGUGUUUGGUAUUCCUAUCGCUGGCACGCAUGCUCAUGCAUUUGUAAAUAGCUUUCAUUCAUUAGAUGAUCUCGAUGAGGAGACUAGGAAAUCACCUGAUCCUCAGUCUGUCCCUGCCAAAGUGAACACGCAUGAGUUUGUACAGGCAUGCAUCAGUGCUCGUGAGGAGUUGUGUGAUGCUAUUGGCUUUCAAGUUAACUGCUGUAACGAUGGAGAACUGGCGGCCUUCAUCCGCUACGCCCAGGCGUUCCCUACCACCUUCUUGGCACUUGUCGACACGUAUGAGACUAUUUUAUCGGGAGUACCCAACUACCUCAGUGUUGCUCUUGGUCUAUGGAGGGUUGCUGGAAUACAGGCUGUGGGAAUUCGGCUGGACAGUGGCGACCUUGCGUAUUUGAGCAUGAGAGCUCGGGAAGUGUUCUCAACAACUGCUGAAGUUUUUGCUAAUGAGGGAUUCCAGUUCAUUGCCAGAUCUCGUAUAGUCGCCUCCAAUGACAUCAACGAGGCGGUCCUGCUCUCGUUGCAUGACCAGCCGCACUCUAUCGAUUCCUUCGGUAUUGGCACUAAUUUGGUCACUUGCCAAGCUCAGCCAGCACUGGGCAUGGUGUACAAGUUGGUCGAGCUGAACGAUCAGCCUAGGAUGAAACUGUCACAAGAUUUCGAGAAACAAGGCAUUCCGUCGAGGAAGGCAGUUUAUCGACUAUACGGUCAAGAUGGCAUGGCUAUCCUUGAUAUCAUGCAAGGGGAAGAGGAGCCCGCCCCUGAGCCGGACCAUAAGGUCUUCUGUCGUCACCUAUUCGAUGAUCAGAAGAGAUGCUAUGUUACUCCAAGGAAGGUGGAGCCCUUGCUGGUGUGUGUUUGGAAGGACGGAAAAGCACUUCAUUUAAGAUCUUCUCCACGAACUAAGGAGAACGAUCGUCCAGACAUACACAGUGCUAAGGAGCAUUUUAAUGCGUCGAGAAAGACGUUUAGGAAGGACCAUCUCAGGCCUAUCAAUCCGACACCGUACAAGGUCAGCACUUCUGCUGAGUUCUUCGACUUCUUCCGUCGCUUCUGGCAAGAGACUGCCCCCGUUAAAGAGUUUUCGUAGUGCUGGUCGAUGGUGUCCUUUCGAAGAUGCAUAUUGGCGACGGUGGUGGUACGUUUGUACUUGUAAUAAUAAUAUAGCCGGAUUGCCCAAAUUACUGCUUUACCACUCUUCCUUGGAAAAUGGCUAUGCCGACUACACCGAGAUUCCUUCGUCGCCUCAAUACAGGCCGUCUUGUUACUCAGCUACUCCCACUC